GCGGGAUACAGUUCUAGCGUUCGCGUUUUAAGUGGUGUAAUAAAAAGUGUACAAAGUAGGCGUAGAACGAUCGAGUAACGUGUGCCAGUCGAAAGGAUGGAAACAAUCGUGGUGUUCAUGAGAUGGCUGUGAACAUCGCCUCGGCGCUGCGAUAUUGUUCAAAUUUCUCCAUCAUAGUUUGCGGUGAAUCGAAAUCAUUUUUGAAAGAACUGAAGCGCGAGACCAUCCUCGAUUGUUUUUCACCGGAUAAUUACUUGGGAAGUAAUUAAGAAGUGCGGGGUAACAAGUUUCUUAAUUAAAAAGUGCAAGGGUAACGUGUCGUAACCGGUGACAGCAAACGACGGUGAUUUUAGUGAGGGAAGUGAUAUUAGGAUUAUAUUGAGGUCAAAAAAGGAUUAAAUAAACAAUAUUUUCAGUGGUAAUGGAAAGUAAUUCAGUGUCCCCCAUGCCAGAGUUGGCACCUAUCGCCGAAUUCGACAAAACGCCUCCUACGCCCCCGGAGGACACCCUUCCAAUGGACGACCUACCACCGCCGCCAAACACCGUCGUUAAUGUUCAGGAAGAAAAAGAAAAGGAAGCGGAGGCAGAGGCCAAAGCACACCGACAUUACGAAGACGAAAAUGAAUGGGGUUGUGGUAGCUGGUUGGAGUACACUGUGGUGGUGGUAUGCGCGAGCAUCCUCCUCCUUGGAUCCUUGGCCCUCACUUUGUUUUGGGUAAUACAAUACCGAGGAGGUUUCGCAUGGAGGGAAGACCCCGCGAAGGAAUUCAAUCUACAUCCGGUUCUUAUGGUAGCAGGGUUCAUUACUUUCAGUGGCUUUUCUAUACUAUUGUACAGGAUAUGCAGAUGCUGCCGAAGGAUCUAUGUCAAGCUUCUUCACACAAUAUUCCACGCACUGGCGAUACCAUGUGUAGCUGUUGGAUUUUUAGCAGUAUUAGAUUCCCACAAUUUAAGCAACCCGCCCAGACCAAACUUCUAUUCGUUGCAUAGUUGGAUUGGAUUUGUUACUAUGGGACUAUUUGCAUUACAGUUUGUGGUUGGUUUCUUCAGCUUCCUGGUGUUAUUGUGCUGCGAAGGAGCUACCGCAGGUUUUAGAGCUGCUCUGGUACCAAUCCAUGCCUCCUUUGGACUGACGACUUUCAUGCUAGCCAUAGCAGCUUCUCUUACAGGACUUACGCAAAAAGUUUGGUUCGUGCUAGGGGACGGUUAUUCAGAGUGGAAGGAAGAAGGUAUCAUCAUUAACUCACUAGCCAUGGCUCUAGUAGCUUUAGCCAUUCUCGUAUCGUUCGCCGUACGAAGCCCCACACUUAAGGGAGACACCAGAAUGACAGUCACUGAAAGAUUGUAGGAAAAGGCGCUAUCUAGCGCCAAAGUCUCGGAUAUAAACGCAACAACAGAACCGGAGAGGUUCUGAAUUCAACGAUAAUUUCUAGGUUAAUUUAUAGUGCAUGUUUAGGUAAAUAGGUUCUUUGAUUGCCAAUAUUUUCUGACUAACCCUGUAUGCUUACAAAUUUUCGAAUAACACUCGUAUAUGGGGAUCUGUCGGAAAAGCUAACGCCGGUGAGGGUGUGACUGCUCAAACUCUUCGCUGGUGUUUUCAAAAUUUGGAUGUUGCAGUGUGAAUGCUCCAUUUGACUGCUAAUAUUAUGCCAAAAUAUUAAAUGUAUUAUUAGUAAAUGUAAUCGAUGGUAUGUAAAAAGUAGUUGGUGUAUUAAGUUAGAAUUAAAAAUUUGUAGCAAAAUUCACCUCAACCUCGACAUCAUUUGCAACUUCGCCAGUAAAACCACAAUGGUAUUAUACAUUAUUUUUUAAUAAAUUUAAUUAUGUUAAAAGACAUUCACAUGAGAGUUGGUAAAUAGAAGAGUUAAGCUUGAUUAGAAACCAAAAUAUUCGUGAUGCAUCCAUUGGCCGUCAUUUCAGAGCAAUCAAAGUUGUUACAAAGACACUAACCUCCGAUAGUUCACAGCAAUGGUUUUAGUUAUUCCAUCCACAAUAUUCUAUAUACACCAAAUUAGAUUCUUUUACCACGCGGAAUCAUUGAACAAUGCUAACUGAGUUACAACUUCUUGCAGAAGCUCUCUUUUAAUUACAGUUUGCUGAUAUUUGGUCAGUUUUUAAGUCAUAGAUUCUUUCACUAUUUUUGGGUAUGUAUCUAGUUGUUCUUAGACACCCAGUAUGCACUAGUCUUUAUGGCCAUUGAAUCUUUUCACUGCAGGUAUCCAGUCUUCUUUAACAUUUUUUUUUGUUGACCCCAACUGUAUUUUCUGGUUUAUUGGUUGUUCAUACCAAGUGAUGCUCCUACUUCUAUAAAUAUUAUUUAAAGUAAUAGACGAGGUAUUUACUUACUCGCUUGAUCUCUUUUCUGUAUAUUAAACUAGCUGCUAUAUGCUUUAUAUUUAUGCUAGUCUUAUACUAAUUUUAACAGCUUUUCUAUGAAUGUUAUCUGGACCGUUGCCUUAACAAAUUCGACUAAGAUCGAAUAAGAUAAUAAUUUAUCGAAUACACCAUCUUUACCAAUAUCUCUGACUAUUUUUCAUCAUAAGUGUUUCAUCGUAAAGGCUUUAUCAAUUUAGCUAUUAUUGGAAAAAUAAUUAGCUCAUAAGGCAAAAUGCUUCGCAAAUGUCUUCAAAUAAGUUAAUAUCAUGCAUCCUAAAGACCAAUGAUCAGGGUUAAUGAAUAAUAUAUAAGAUAGUUCUAUAAUAUAAAAAAAACUUACUGCCAACUAAAAAUGAUAAAGAGGUAAUAUUUUGUUUACAAGUUUAUAAUUUUAAAGAAUUUUCGCCUAAUCAGGCCUAGAAACAUUCCUUGUAGUAGUAAUAUCGAUUCUGAACCAUCGGAAAGGUCGAUUUUUUACCGUUUGGAUCAACUUUUCAGAUUCCUUUCAGGGUCUUUGUGAAAUAAUUUAAUAUUUAUAUUAGUAGGAUGUUUACACCCUUUGCUUUGAUUUCGUUCGGUUCGAGGUGAUUUUUUUCAAUACAUUUUUUAGUCAUUUCGAAAACCCAUAGACUAAUCAAAGCAUUGUGUGGUACCAGAACAGACUUACAUACUUAAUUUUUUCCUACGAAAAAUCAUAAGUGUACACAACAAAAUUUUAAGUAUAUAACUUUGUUCGAGCCUAGGGCCUCAUGUAAUCUUUACAAUUUUAUACUGUAGUAGAUAAAAAUGAGAUAAUUGACGUACUAAUCAAAAUAAGCUCAAAAUUUAAUCAAAUAAUACUCUGUGUGUUAGCAUCUAAGUAGAAAGUAUAGAGCAAAAGAAGUGCAAAGGGAUGUCAUCACUUUGCCACUUCUUUUGGUAAAUAAAUAUUUAAGAAAAUAUGUCGUAAAGUGUUAUAUCUAUGGUAUGUUGUCAAGGGAUUCCUUAUAGAAGAAAACUGAAAACUGUUAAGGUAUUUUUGUGGUAAUUUGAGGUAAAAAACCUUGUUCAAAAGAUAAAAGGGAGGUAUAUGUCAAUAUAACUUCGGUUUAAUCUAAAAAUAUCCAAAACAUUUACAUUUCUUUACAUUUAUUCACCAGUAUGUUAUUUUGGUGAAUAAAUUCAUAAAAGGUAUUAGAAGAGAAAAUUUAAAAACUCAGAAAAUUAGGAGGAUAUAAAGAAAAAAUGUCAACAGAAAGUCAAGGAACUAGGACGACAGAGAAGAAUAUUUAAAGCAGUAUAAGAACCUUUUAAACAUAAAAAACAAUUUAAAAAAAUAUGUAUAACAAAUUUUAACAUUAAAGAAAUUAUCAUCUCGUAUAUAAAGCUGCUAGGAUUGUGCCUAUGGCUUAUAAUAGUGGAUAGGAUAAUUUGCAAAAAGAUAAAGAUAAUAUUUUAGUAAGAGUUUUACUAAUCAUAAAACGAGUUUUGGAUAUGAUAAAGGGACGAAUCAGCAAAUGUAGCCUAUAAAGUUUUCAGUUUUCUUUUACGGGGAGAAUAUGUGGAUCCCCUGUUUAUUUAAGUUUAUGAAUGAGUUGAAGUUUAGGAAUAAUAUAGUUUUACAAGGACACUACGAAACUAUGGGACCUACGAAAACAGACUUUAUGUUCAGUGCCACAUCGUCCUAUGCCUAAUACAGUGUCGCGAAUCUCAACCGGAUAUAUACAAACGAGGACUUUAUUUUGUUCUAUCCCGUAAUUUGCGUACACCCUUUAAAAUUUUUUGAAUAAUACCAACCCUAAGAACUAUAUCUUCAGACAUUGUACGAUAUGUUAAAAACCGAUAUUUAUUUAUUUUAAACUGUUUUUUGUUCACCUAAGGCAAGCAAGGUUGAUCGAGGCCGAGAGUGUAUUACAUUUAGUUAGUUCCCGCCUCGUCUCGGUAUGGCUGGUCUUGUUUCGACGAUGCUCUAUUCAUUGUUAAGUCAAACAUCACAAUACACAAGGUAUUGUUUUAUUAUUAAAGUGUUAAUGCAACUUAUGAAAGAAUUCUUUAUUUAUUUAUAUUUAGUACUUUAGUAGAAAAUAUAUGUCAAUUGUUUGGGAAAACCAAAAACAGUUUAUAAUCAAGUCGAGUAUAUGCUUUUAGCAUUUCUACAUCUUCUCCAUAUAUAGUGAUUGGGGCUGGUGCAUUUAGAGAUUAUUUUUAUCGAAUAUAUUGAAGUACAAUUUAUUUAAUGGACCAAUUUUAGAAUUAUCUAUAUUGUUCGUUGCAUUAUAUUUGUUAUAUGAUAUACUCUACAUUACUUUUUAUGUUAUUUAAUAUAUUCCAGAUUUUUAGACGUUAACAUAUACAUGUAAGUUAUUGAUAUGUAUAAGUAUUGUAAGUUUUAAUAAAUGUAUUCUCCAGUUGU